AUGGAGGAACAUAAGUGCAGGAUUUGCUCGAGAAAUUUCGUGAACGGUAGAGCUUUGGGUGGGCAUAUGAGAUCUCACGUCUGGAACCCUUACAUGCAGUCGGCCGGCGCCGCCGCCGCCGGCGACAGCGAGACGGAGAGUUCAGUCUCGGACAACUCGCCGGAAGAAGACGGAGCUUACUGCUUGAUGAUGCUGUCCAGAGACAAGUGGAAUACUGACGAAAAGAGCUCCGGCGAGGCUAAGAAGACGGCGAACGGAAAGAGGAAAUACAGAUGUGAGAGUUGCCGGAAAGUGUUUAGGUCUUAUCAGGCGCUGGGGGGUCAUAGAGCCAGCCACAAGAAGAUUGUUGUCAAAGGGCUCUGUGAUGAUGAUGAUGAUGAUGAUAAUGAAAAUGUAGGGGAGAAUAAUGGGGAUGUGGAGGAGAAACUCCAUGAAUGCCCUUUCUGUUACAGACUGUUUUCUUCUGGGCAAGCUUUGGGUGGCCAUAAGAGAUCACAUUUCACCGCAGCUUCUUCAGCUUGUUUGCUUUCCCCUUCUACCAAAUAA